AAACAUUGACUUUGUGUGUCAGUAACAACCCCCCACAUAUUAUAUUAAACGCAGUUGUCAGCUAGCCGCCAGGAGGAAAUAAAUUAAUUAGCUAUUGUAGCCUGUCCCAUCAUUUAUUUAUAGGUGGUGCAGCUGCAGAGGGGGAGAGGAGGUUCACGAGAAAAAAUAAAUAAUGGAAGAUUCCCAUUUCAACUCAUCAUACUUUUGGUCUCCCGUCCCCACUGUACAAGGACAGAUCGAGAACGCCAUGUUCCUGAACAAGAUGAAGGAGCAACUGGGUCCUGAGAAGGCCAACCCUCCCUCCUUCCCUCACUCCUCUGCCUCUUCCACCUCUUCCCACUACCCCACGGCUGUGCUUGCCGUCCCUGGCUCUAUGGACGGAGGAGCAGGGGUGCGGGUGGUCCCCAAACAGGAAGGCGGUGGAGGUACUGCAGGAGGGGGUGGCAGCAGCGGUGCUCCUCCAUUGACUUCAGUUGGUGGACACCUCCACCAGCCCCACACCUCCCAGAACAUCACUGUAGUACCUGUUCCUUCCACGGGUAUCAUGACUGCAGCGGGGUUAGUGAUCACCACCCCUCAAGGCACGCUGGUCCCCACCGCCUCCACGCAAUCAUUUGUAGGUGGACCCCCAACUGCCACCACCAUGAUAGUGUCCGCAGUGCACCCCUCAAACACAGACAAGAAGGACGACAUUGCUGUCCCUCCUGCGGUUGUCAUGCCGAUGCCAGGGAAGCGCGGCAGGAAGAGGAAACAAGUAAUGGGCAGAGUGGCAGGAGUGGGUGGAGUCCUCCCACCAGGAAGUGACGCAUUAAUACUGGCACACCUUGCUGCUGGGGGACAGCACCACCCUGCAGACCCAUAUGACCUGUCUAAUGAUGAGGAAGACCACACCAACAAAGAUGGCCCUAAAUCCUACAGGUGCCGGAUGUGCGCAGUGACGUUCUUUAGCAAGUCGGACAUGCAGAUCCAUGCCAAGUCCCACACUGAGGCCAAGCCCCACAAGUGCCCCCACUGCUCCAAGUCGUUUGCCAACUCCAGCUACCUGUCCCAGCACAUCCGCAUCCACAGCGGGGCCAAGCCCUACACCUGCUCCUACUGCCAGAAAACAUUCAGGCAGCUCAGUCACCUACAGCAGCACACACGAAACCACACUGAGGCCAAGCCCCACAAGUGCCCCCACUGCUCCAAGUCGUUUGCCAACUCCAGCUACCUGUCCCAGCACAUCCGCAUCCACAGCGGGGCCAAGCCCUACACCUGCUCCUACUGCCAGAAAACAUUCAGGCAGCUCAGUCACCUACAGCAGCACACACGGAUUCACACUGGUGACCGGCCAUACAAGUGUGUCCAUCCUGGCUGUGAGAAGGCCUUCACUCAGCUGUCAAACCUACAGUCUCACCGUCGGCAGCACAACAAAGACAAGCCGUACAAGUGCCACAACUGUAACCGUGGUUACACGGAUGCUGCCAGCCUGGAGGUGCACCUAUCCACACACACCGUCAAGCACGCCAAGCUUUACUCCUGUGGCCUCUGUAACCGAUCCUAUACCUCGGAAACAUACCUGAUGAAACACAUGAGGAAGCACAACCCUGACCCUCUGACAGUGGCAGCAGCAGUAGCUGCCCAGCAGGCCCAGGGCCUUACACCUGGAGGCCCAGGAGGAGGAAGUGGCAGGGGCCGGGGCCGUGGCCGAGGAAGAGGAGGUGGUGGUGCCGGAGGAGGCUCAGGCGGAGCGGGCCAGGUUCCAAAUCAGCCCAACCCAAACAACCCCAACCAAAACCCUAACCCUGGACCCCCUGGCAGCUACCAGCCACCCCAGCAGCCCACGGAAGCUGUGGUUCCGUGCCCAUUCGACCUGCAUCAGUACAAGACAGUGGCAGCCAACGAGAUCCAGUAUAAACCAGUCAGCGUGGCAGACCUGUCAGUGGCUCACAAAGACCUCUGCCUCACCGUCUCCACAUCAGCCAUACAGGUGGAGCACAUGAACUCGUAGACUGCGUCUUCCCACCCUAUCAGAGGAAUCUCAAAUUGUCUGCACUGCAAAAAGGUCCAUAUUAACAAGUAAUUCAGUGUUAUGUUUUUUAAAACAAAUGACUUUUCUUAAAACAAGUGAAAGUGUUGACUAACUGGGUGGUAAUUUUUAAUGCAAAUCAACUUGUUUUGAGAGCUUUCUUAAAGCCCUGGGAAAGGGGAUUUGAGCAGCCUUAAGUUGGAUAUCUUUUUAUCUGUUCACUGUGGUUCGAGAGACCAAAAAAGCUUUUUUUUUCUCACCCUACCAAUUUGGUAGUAUCCAAUUUGCAAUCUCUGUCCACCUCUGACCAAAAGGUAACACUCCACCUGUUUGAAGAUACAAGUGAAAUUUAAGCUACCCACUGGCAGUUUUUUUCCUUGUUUUAAGAAGGCAAAUCUGUAAAGCUGAAUACAAGAUGAAAUGACUUGUUAGUACAUAGACAUUUUUGCAGUGUGCUCUUUGAUUCCUGAGCGCACGUUUGCCAAGUAUCGUUCAGUGGAAAUGCUGGUCUAAGACACUGAUAAGUUCAUUUGUAAAGAUCAGCCUGAAGCCAAGUUUCAUCAGUUUGAGUGUAAUUCUCAUAGUCAUUCUACUGUAGUUUGAUCUUGUCUUAAUUGGCAGGUUGGGUAUGAGAGUGAAGGGACUGUCAUCAGCUCUGCCUAUCAGUCAUAUGUUAAUGUGAGCUAAUUCCAGCUGAGGCGGCUUGGUUUAGGAUGGCAUGCAGCAGUGAAUUUUGGCUUACUGCCAAAAUGAAUGCCUACUUGCAUUAGCGUGUUUUGGGUCUGGCUGCUACUGCCAUAUUUCCCCUGUUUGACAGAAAAAAAUGGUCCCCUUGCUGAACCCCUGGUCCAGGAUGUGUUUGGCUGUUAGAGGUUGUCUGAGGUGGUGAUGAGGUUCUGGGUUGUGUUUUCCAGAAGCAUCUAGAGAAAAAAUUCACCUUUAAUCCAUACUGAGUGAAUGGAGCAGUGGUCAUCUUAUAGUGGUCUUAACAUGCUUUGGGAAAUACACCUUGCAUACUAAUCCUAAACCAGCAGGUGUGCACUGAGAAUCUCAAUAAGCAAGGCCUGCUGGUGUCUCGUCUCCCUCGCCUCGUCUCCUGUUAAUGUAGGCAUCAUCAGAGGAGGCAGGCCACACUCAAGUUGUUAAUAGAGAUAUCAAUGUGCUGAUGGCACAGACAGUGGUCUGAUUUUUCAUCACAUAGUCGAUCAUCUUACCGCAAUGUGUAUCAUGAUUGCAAUCAGAUUUAUUAUCUACAUUUUCAGUACAACCUCAUGUACCUGACAGUGGUUGUUAUUUUGGAGGUGAGACAGCGCCACACAAUUUCUGAGUUUGUUUUUUCCCCAAUAAAUACUGAAUCUCUCAAAAUAUAGUUGAGAAUCUCCCAGGUUUGUGGAGGGUCUCUUUUGUUUUCUCUUUAAAAUUCAUUUUUAACUUGUUUUUGAUCUCUUGAAGGAGGUCAAUGAAAAGCUGCUAGGUAGAAGAGAAAGAUGACAUUUAGAUCACUUUAAUGUGAACAUUGUCCAUUUUAUUUUUGGGCAAAAGGAGAAGUGAGGGGAGACAAUAAAUCAUUGCGGACUGUAGAGAUUCAUAGCAGCAUAGGGCUGAGAUGGGGGUGGUGGAUCAAAAAGUGGUAAACAAUAAAAAACAGGAAGGACUAAGAUCUGUAUAAAAUUAUACUGCCUUGGAGUUAUGCUGUCAGUUUACGGUGGAAAGAAGUGGUUGUUAAAAAGACCUAAUCAGAGCCUGAGAAAAAAAAAACGGACAAUUGCAAAAGAGAAAAAGGAAGCAAAGGACCGGGCAGAUUGUGGAAUAUGGCUAAAGCAUGUGGCUGAAACUCAAACGUGCUUAACUCCUUAACUUCUUUUCCUUUAACAAUCCUAUCCUUACAUGGCCCCACCUCCCACCACCACCAAAAAAUACAAACACUCUAACUCCAUAGAAAUCUAGGGAGGGGAUUCCAGGGUGAGAGAUAGUAAGGAAUUGAGGAACCACUCUAUGAUGAAGCCCAAAUUACUGUUCAAAAGAGACAGAAUGGUUCAAGAAUGCACUAAGAGGAGAAAGCUGCAGUAGAGCAAGAUGGAGAUGGUGAAGGGUUUGGGGGCGGGAGGGUCAUGAAGAGAGCACUUGAUGAAGCUUGUACUUAACAGCCUAAGUUUGUCAUCAUUGUACUUUUUUGUUAUAUAUCAUAUGUAUGUAUUUUUCUACCAACAGGGGAACGUGUGAACAAACUCAGAGGGAAAGCAAAGUGAGUGCAUGAAUGUGAAAGGAACGUAGCGAGAAAGAAAAAAAAAAUCCCCAACAGAGCAGUUUUUUAUAAUUAUUGUUAUUCAGAGAGACCAUUUUCUAUAUUCCAACUAGUGAAGCUAACUCAGCGUUGACAGGGUGGGAAAAGAGAAAAUAAUGAUUGUGCGAUGAAAAUGGCUGACAGGUACUGUUAUCAGUCUUUUUUUUCCCUAAAAGAACCUUUCAUACAUACUAUUUUCAUUAUUACAACUGUAUGCAAAUGUUAUCCACAUUAUUAUCAAUCGGAGGCAUUAUUGUAUUGCGGUAUGCUGUACAUAAACUAGAUAGAAAAGACUUUUUCGUUCAUAAAAGGGAAGUAUGUCCACUGUAAAGCAUAUGGAAACUUGUGGAAAACAAAUUGAGAAAUACCUAAUCAUCGGUUGUGUUCCAGGUCGCCUUCAGUACUGAUGGAUUAUUCUGUUUAUUAGAAUAUCAGAGCAUGUUACAACUCAACAUUUUUGUCAUUUGUAGCAAAAUCCUACAGAGCUCUGCAACAUCUGCAAAAAUGUGAAUUGAUAAGAAUGAAAUUUUUUAGUUAUUAAAAUGUUGGUAUUUGGCCCAAAAAAUGUGAGAAAUGUGAAAAAAAAAAACAAUAUGAAAAAUGUAUAUACAUAUGACUACAAAUUUCAUGAAGUUUUAAGACCCCACUGUCACUAUACAGUACAUUGUGAAAUAUGUUGUCAGGACGGAUGUAAACUGUUAUUGUCAAUUUGACAGUUUUGGUUUGAAUGUUGGACAAAACUGAGAGCUUCAAAUCCAGUAAAGCAUUGGUUUAGGGGGGAAAAAAAUGUUUGUUUGUUUUUCCCCCCUGGUAAAUAUGUAAGAACUCCAGAUCACAAAUUUUGUCCCAGUUUGCCAAAGGUGUGAUGGAAAGAAAUAACUUUUUGGUGCUGAACAAAAAUUAACAAAGGUCUGACUUGAAGUAAAGCUGGUAAAUCCAAAUUUUAGUUCCCCAUCAGCCAGACCUGAUGCCUUUCCCUAUAUGUUGCCUGCAUUGCAAAAGAUGAUAUUUGCGUGAUAAAAGAUCAUACAUCCGCUUUACUGUUCCAGGACUACACUAGCUAAAAACAGGCUGCAGGAUUUUGUUCUGUUCCAUUUUGUUUGGAGUAACAUUUUAAAAUCUAACAUCUCAGCUUUGAGACCUUCCUCUUUGGGCACUCGAUGGGAAUUCCAUUACGAACUGUCUCUCUUUUGACAUUUAAAGCCUUUUACAAAUGAUCUUUCAAUAUGCCUCAGUGAUUAAAUUAUGUGAAAAGAAAAGAGGCUGUGGUGCAGGUGACCUGGGACGCUGCCGCCGUGUUUUUGUGCAGAGGCUAUCUCUACUCAAUCAAAAAUUCUUAAGCAGCCUGUGUGAUUGGCUGGUUCUCUUAAUGUAUACUCCUUGUAUUUCAUUAUGUGUCUUUUUAUGAAAAAUAACACGUUCUCAAUAUUCUUGUUAAUGUUAUUACUGAUGCUCCUGAUAAUAAUGCAGUUAUUAACUACCCUCUUAUGCUACACUCUUGCAUACUGUAUGCACAGUUACACUUCUUGCUCAACUGAAGAGACUGUUUCUUCCCUUAAGGACAAUAAAGUCGGGAAACAGUUAAAGAUGAAAAA